UGAUCAUUUCACCUCCAAUUUCCGCCCAACCAUAUCAGCGAGGGGCACCGUACCCGAACAGCUUACAUCACUCUUUACUAUCAACUCAAACCCCGUUGUUGGUAACCGCACUCAACAUCUACCAUCAAAUCAAGGACCCAAGAGACAAAGCAUACUUGCUGGACAACGGAGAGAACAGCUCUCGAGCGUUACUGCCCAACACGUCACUCCAGUCCCCACACCACCUACCGCUCUCUUCUCCGGGAAUUAAUCCGUCAUAUCCUCAACCUCCCCAUCCAUCUUCAAGUCUUCAACCCAACGAACCACCGCCCAAAUUCAACUCAAAAACCAAAAUGGGCAUCACAAGCAUCCUCAAAACCCUCCACCUCCUCCGUCCCUCAGAAUGGGACCCCCCAACCCCUCUCAACCACCUCCUCACCAACCUCUCCUCCUUCCCCCUUUUCGUCAUCCCCAUCCCCCUCCCCCUCCUCCGCCUUUUUGUCUCUCACCUCUACCAUUUAUUUCUCUUUCUCCGGGGGCACGCCUUCCACCCGCCCUCUAACCUCCCGCCUAUCCGGGUGGUCUGCAUCUCCGACACACAUGAUCACGAAUUGGCUCUAGAAAAGAUUCCGGAGGGGGAGGGCGGACUGUUGAUUCAUGCAGGGGAUUUGACGGAUGAUGGGAGUCGGGAGGGGAUUCAGAGACAGCUGGAUUGGUUGGGGGAGGUGAAAGCUAAAAAAGGGUUUGAGAGGGUGUUGGUGGUGGGGGGGAAUCAUGAUGGGUGGUUUGAUGAAGGGGGGGCGAGGAAACACUUGUUUGGGGAUGGGGAGGGGAGUAAGGGGGAGUUGAGGUUUGCGGAGGGGGUGCAAUAUUUGGAUGGGAUGGCGGGGGGAGAGGGGGAAAAUGGAAAUGGGGGUGCGAUGACGAUUGAGUUUGAGGGGAGGGCGAAGGGGAGGAAGUUGAAUGUUUGGGGGUGGGGAGGGGUGCCGAGGUGUGGAGGGCCGGAGCAUGCCUUCCAAUACGACCGUGCCUCCCACCCCUGGACGAACCGCAUCCCCCUCGAAACCGACAUCCUCAUCACGCACACCCCGCCCCGCCACCACCUCGACCUCGACCUCGGCUGCGCCGGCCUCCUCGCCGAGCUCUGGCGCGUCAAGCCCAAGCUGCACGUGUUCGGCCACAUCCACUGGGGCGCCGGCCGCGAAGCCGUCUACUACGACGAGUGCCAGCGGGCGUACGAGUCGCUCAUGGCGCGCGGCGCUGACCUUCCGUUCCCGCCGGCUUUUCCUUCGGUGUUCUCGUUCCCGCCUUCUUCAGCCGUUACUCAGUCUGCGUCUCCGAAUAGGGAGCCCUCAAAGAUGCGGGAGAAGCAGAGGCCGACGAAUUUGGUGAACAUCUUGUUGUUGCCGGUUUAUUUUGGGUUCGCGCUGAGUUUGUAUCUGGUGGAAGUGGUGGAGAGAGUUGGGAUGGACCUGAUGGAUGCUGCGAGGGUGAUUUGGUAUGGGACCACUGCUGUGGUGUGGAAGUGGGUUAUGCAGGGGCCGGGGACGAAUAAUGGGGGGUUGUUGGUGAAUGCUAGUGUUACGUAUGGGAAUACGGGGAGGGCGAGUAAUCCUGUGCAGGUUGUUGAGCUGUGAUGGGGUGGUUAUGUUGGUGUUGUUAAACGAUGGGGUGGAGGAUGGUGAUGUGGAUGUGGUUUAAUGCCGUUAACGAGGAUGACUACACAUACUAAGAGAGGAGUGCGUGCUCAGUGGUUGGAAAGCAACGUGGAAGAGUAAACACAACAUGAGAACGGAUUCGGUAUUCUUAUGUAAAGAGCCAUCAAUUUCCCGAAUCGUGUAUUAUCCAUUAUACCCUUAUCAUCAUCCAAGUAAAAAAAAAAAAAAAAAA